GCGUUCUUUUCUAUGGUGUAAUGUAUCGUGGCAAUUUGCGGAGCCUAAGAAGUGUCUUUUGGGGGGAGGCCAGGCAGCAGUAGGAAAAACUGGAGGCUUUCAGUUCAUGCCACUUGAAAAACAAUCGUUGAUUCCAGACACGCUCCUAUACGAAGUGAACAAGCCGCCGCGAAUGCGCGAUCCGACCUCUCACGUGGCCGCGGUUGGCUGGUUCAUGGAUGCAGAAGAAAAUCCUUUCUGGCCUGAGGCGACUUGUGCUUGAGAGUGUUUGUUUUCUUGUCUGCUCAUAUUUUGUCGCACUGAUCUCUUUCCCCAGGCCUUGAUGCAGGCGAGUUUUUGUCAUUUGUCGCUCCAGGAGGAGUCUCACGUCUUGUCAGUCGACAGCUGCGCGUUUAUCGUCUCACCCUGAAUGAUGAGUGCCAUACAAGUCGGGCGCCGUGAAUCUGGAGUCUAUUCGCUGCUUCUAGCAAAAUGUCCGCUGCUAGACACCUUCCUCUAAACGUGUCGCUUUCGUUUUCGACCUCAACGAAUUGUCAUUUACAGUCCGUGCCAAUCGCUGUCUUCCCAGUUCUUCGUUCCUGUCCUCCGUCGAAAGCAAUCAGCUCGGCCCUCUUCGCUCACGAGCAUUACCAGCCGACUCAGUCCUUGCUAGGUUGUGGCGACGAUACUCAGCACGUUUGGUCGUCACCGCUGCAUCGAAAAAGACUCCUUGAUUGGCCCUCUUCGAAGCUCCAUUCGCUGCGCUGGCCGAUUUCCCCCCUAUUUUCGUUGUCUCUCUUGCCAACGACACGUGGGGACCAGAGAGAACGUCGCCCGACUGGGCAGAGGGGUCCUUGCGGCUCGCUGCGCCGUGGACACAGGGUAAUAACUUCACAGAAAAAUAGCAGCAGUCUCGACCUCAGUGGUUGUGCUUCUUCGACAGAUUCUACCAUUUUCACGAGGUUCUUCUGGAUCUUUUUAGCACAAAAUUUGGACCGCCGAAGCACGCUUUCUGUCCGCCAAGGUUGCGGCCACGCCGCCCGCCUUGUCUUGUACCUACCGAGGGGACAACUCUGAUUACAGGUCACUGGUGAAGGUGUGCUCAAAAGAAUAAAAUAGUUCAGCGUUCCUUGGCAGUUGUUAAGGAACAAAGCCACGCGAAGGCUGAAAAGGGCCCGGACCUUUCUGUUGGUGGUGCACUACUCCCCGGCAAUUUAAGAAAGGCCGCAUCUGCUAGCGCGGCAGUUAGCAAGGGAGGGCAGCCUCGGUCAACCAGCGGCUUUUCAGUACAAGAGACACCGUGGACUGUUUGAGGGGUGUGUCCGUAGAAUUUCAUCCAUCUGUCGCUACUAUGUAUCGUACGAAGUCACUUGCUAUUGCCUGAAUCGUCUUGCAUCGCAAUCAUGGUGGCCACCACCCUCCAUUCGUUGCCGUCCCGCUACCUGUACACUCUUUUGAUGUCAUUUCUGUUUGUUUGUGGAGCUCUUGCGCUUCACGAAAGUCCCGAUGGCUUACCUGAGGCUCCUGACCGCCCCCAGAAUGCGGAAUCGGGUGAUGGCCCGCCGACACUCGUUCUGACGCUGGAUCCAGAGUAUGCUGGGAAGUCAGAAGAGUUUGCUUUUACUGCUGAAUAUUUCCCUCCUACGGAAUCAUCUAAAAAUGAAGAUGGCGCGCAACAGAGUUUCGUCGAAACUCCGAAUCGGCGGCUACCUGGAACGUUCGAUCCCAUGUCAUCGAGCGACGUGCGGAGUGAGGUGCAGCUACGCGUGACGACGCAACAAAUGGAGAGGGGACUGCUUGCUGAGAUCGUCGUGCUACAGGAGGGCCAGAUGGUAUCAGGCUUUCGAGCAUCGCUUCAGACGAAAGAACAGGCUGCACUCUUGCACCGUCUGGCCGAUUUAACAAAUGACCCAAAUAUCCAUUUCAGGGUUGAGUGGAGGGGCCGGGGCGACGGCACCGGCGGCCUCUACAUUCGGACGGCCGUCCAUCUGCUCGCGACCGCCUACAAACCGUCGGUUCACUUCAAGCUAAACCUCCACCAAACCGGUGCGAGGGGAGCGCGGGAGACUAUUAAAUUGCUUUCCAGUGUGCCUAUUGAUGACCUGAACGCUCCGGGUGUAGACAUAGGGACGCUCAAGCAGCUCAUUGUGGAUCACGCGGAGCCAGAAAACAUUCUCACUGGGCCCGGGUCAUUCUCCAUCAAACGGAUGUUCAAGGAAUCUGACCCGAAGAAUGCCAACACACAGGAGGCAACUCUUGUUCCGUGGCUGCUGCGUCUUCUUGACCUGGCGUCGCCUGUCACAAUCGUCGGUGAUCUGACGCGGAAUCGAGAGUUUUCCACAGUGCUUCCACAAGGGCCCGCGAAUUGGAAUGACCUUCUCUUACUUUACACAGGCAUGGGAGACGCGGCAAACCGGGGCCAGAACGCUCCCGAUUUUGCUCAGCGUGAACCCGGUUACCGUCCAGGAAGUAUAUUUUUGUCUCCUGAUGGUUUCCGUGGCGCGGCACAUCUGGGUGAUCAUCAGCCUGACCGUCUGAAACAGUUCUGGCGACAGGGUGGCGAGACGGGUCUCAAUCCUGGAGACAUCGAGCAUUACUACAGUCCUCUUUUUGGGCGGUCAUACGAUACCUCGAACAAUCCUCUCUUGAUCCUGGAUAUGUACGGAAAUCCUGUUUAUUCGGAGGGCGGCGUGCCUAAGUUCAUUGUCGGGCCAGGCGAGAACGACCUGACGAAACUACCGGACCAUGUCAGUGGGAUGGUUCUCCCCAGUGUGUCUGCUCGAUUCUUAUUCCCGGAUAAGCGAUCAUUCACAGAGUUCAUUAACCCUGCUCGGCCUUGGAAUGAUAUCAGCAAAGGCUGGAAAGCUCUAAUGGCGAAACAUAAAAUGAAGUUCAACUACCGAGAACCAGGCCUUGUCGGGGUGUCGGUCAACGGGAACUGGUACGGUUUGACGAGUGAAUUUAUACAAACGUAUCCCACUCUUCUUCAUCUUCUUGGAAGCUUGGCCCAAAGUACUCCAGGAUUUUCUCUUGAGGACGUAACCCUCCAUUUUGAUGACAAGCUCCCUCCCAAGCUUCCUACACUUUUUGUCCUCGAUGACGCACACGAUCGUCAGAUUCCAUGGUGCGCCUUUGAAUUUGUGAUUCCGCUUUCACCGCGCGGAACGGUUAACAUCAAAUCCCUUUUAGCGAAAGGGAAAUCCGCGGCAGAGUCUCCCAAAGGGUGCAAUUUCCGGGAGAAGGGAUUUCACUUCACCACUGUUCACAGAUGGGGCUUCGUCGAGUCUCGGAAUCCUUUGAGUAUUCAGUGGCACGGCGUAUUGGACUACACCGGAUCCAAGCAGGAAUGCGCAUUGCUUGGAAAUGUUCUGAAGGAUGCUCAUCUAGCUGGACGUCAAAUUGCGGUCAGUUUCCAUGCGGAACAUAAAGCCACGGUCAUUCCGGUUAUCGAGACAUUUGGCCCUGAUGGCGAACUCCUGAAGUCGAAACCUCAGAAGCCAGUGACGGCUACUGUGCAGUUUGGUGAUGAUUUGCCCGGACUUUUGUAUGAUUUUCACAAACCCUUCCAAAAGAAAAAAGUCCCCACCGUCGUGUACCCCUUUCUUCAGGGUCAGGGACAGGGUUCGCGGGAUGCACUCAACGGUGGCGUUCUUGGAGAGGAAUAUUACCAUCGGCCGCGCAAAACAAAAAUCACGAUGCGCCCCGAGAUUCCCAUUCUCAACACUCAUGAUACGUUCGUGGAUGGAUCUGGGCCUCACCCGAAUGUCCCUCACUUCGUCAUUCCUUUAACAGCGGGUCCGCAGCAACAUCUGGCGCCCCUCAAAGCGCUGCGGCAGUGGCUUCGUAAGGAGUACCCUGGGUCUCAGUUGCCCUUUAAACUCGAUCGAAUGAGCGACGAGGAUCUCUUGGGUAUCGCAGAUCAUCUUGUGUUCCGGUUUCCCGAUGGAACCGAAGCAACGUUGCGAUCGAUUUUCGGUCCAGAAGUGUUCAGUCCAAACUGGGCGACGAUGAAUCCCGACGCCUACCAAAAACUAAUGGAUGUUCUUACGAGGCCCAAAAAGGUGUAUCUUGCGAAGAAUUUCCGCAUCGUCGUGACUGACGUCGACGGACAGCAGAUCCCUUUCGACAUCCAGAUCGAGCCAGGAGACACAUGGGCGAAAACACUUGAUGACUUCUUCAAGGCACACCCGAACUUAAAACCCGCCAACGUCAAGCUUGUUUUGUACGACGACAAAGAUACCGCCCUGCGGCAAUUCGACAUAAAUUUGGAUAUGUAUGCUUCGCCCUACACCGAGGCUGUGGACCAACAACACAUGAAGGGCCUUCAAAUAACCCUGGAAACUCCUGCGCCAAUUGUCUCGUGUUAUCAAGCUGACCCGGCACGUCCAGGGCAAUGCCUCGCCGUUGACAUGAAACGCAUUUUCUGCGGGCGUGUCAACCCUGCGAAAAUGGUGUCGCGUGCCUGGAAUGAGGAGUGCACAGCUGCUUGGAUUGCGCGUGCGGAUCUCGGGGAAGUCGAAGACAGAUAUCUCAUGGGUCCGGAUGACGUUCGGGCCCGAUCAAUUCGAGACCUUCUGACGUCGGCAAAGAAUGCGCUGAAGCAGAGGAACCCAGAGAAGGCAAAGCAUCUGAACAUCCCUGUUGCGGAUGUCACCGAAUCCGAAGAGCUGAACAGGAAAAUGAGGGAGAGGACGGAGUUGGCGAUGAAGAGUGGCAAGACGCUGGAAGACUUGGAUCGCCUGAGACACCUCAAGUUCGAGAUUAGAACUCUUCAGCGUCAAGGAGAGCUGCAGUGGGCCAAACUGGUAGGCGCGACUAUCACGACCACAGAAAAGGGCAAGCCCGCUGAGAGACACAUCCGUCUCGAUCCCAAGAAGUUUUUCUUAAACGACAAACUCUGGAAAGUCUUCAAGGAACUUGCGGCUCAGGUCCCUGGUCUCAAAUUUGAAAACGUUUUCAACUUCUCUUUCGAAGUUAUGAACAAGGAAGCACGAGAGCAGUGGAAGAAGGAGCAGACCACAGUCACGAAAGAGGCAAAGAAGCAAAUGCGGUCGCAGAAAACAGUGGUUGAUGUGAUAUUCGUUGGGCCUGACGGCUCCGCUCUUUUUCGAGACAUCGGUGUGGAGCUGCGGCAGCUUUCGGAUGAAGCCCUGGGGCGACUUUCGAAGGGAGACAAGAGAGGUCUGAUCAACCAGCUGGCCAAGCGUUACGACAUCCCAAGGCAAUACUUCAUUCGACGGGGAGGGUUUCCGUCGGCCGCAGUUAAUGGAACCAAAUGGGUCAUCACAGCCAUGCUGGGUCUUGUCGGAGGCGCCGGCAAAAAGGGCCUGGCCAGUUUGUUAAAAGAUCCACAUGCAUUCGUGACACAUCUCCAGUCGGCAGGAGGCUUCAGCCCCACAGAUACUGUGAAACUCGUUUUCGAUAACGGCUCCGUACUCGACGUGCCCCUCAGUCAGCUUCCUGACCAGGACCUUGGCAGUCUCGCGGAGAUCUAUUUUCCGUGGAAGAAGACCGCUGGCCAAGCCCAAGAGGAAAAGAAAAAGGCAGUGGAAUCGAAAGUCGCCGAAGGCUCAGGUAUUAUGCGGAAACUCGAAGUCACAGUCAUGCAGCCGUCUUUGUGGCCAGAGGUGUUUGGUGCCUGGCUCUCUGACUUGCAUGAAAUGGAUCUUUUUGACGACGGUCCAAUACUCUUGCAAGUGCGCCCGGAAGGGGCGCAGAAAGGCCAGGUGAUUCGAUGCUCGGUGAAGACACUGGGCGAGCUGUAUCAGGCGCUCAACAAGCCCGAAAUUAUUCGCUCGAAGUGUCCCGGAAUGGCCGACUUGAAAAAGCCGUUCACGUUCGAGUUAUCGAUCAGAACUCCGGCGGAGCAGUAUUACAAGCUCUACAAUCGAUCUCGAUCACCCGAAGACCAGAGGCGUACUGCAGCCGUCCUCUUGAAGCUGAAAGAUCACAUACGUAACCUCCCUGAUGAUGGACAAGUGAUCUUCGAAUACAGAAAGAUCAAGAGGACUCUGACUCCGCAAGAGCUUCAGCAGCUCAAGGCUCUCAUCGAGGGGCUCCAACCUAACGAAAACACGGAUGAUGUGUUGACCAAGAUUCUGAGGUUGCUGGGGAUUUCGGACCAGGAUAUCGCCAAGUCGGGCAGGUUGCGGUUCGGCAUCAAGCAGGCGCCGACUUCGUCAGAACAACAGAUGCUGCGCGAGGGUUCGAUUACCGCUGUGGUCGAGGACUUCCAGGGGGGCAGAAGAAAGGCGACUGUCCGUAUUUCGAUCCCGGAGGAGGAGCCGCUUCGCCUCGGCGCUUCUGCCCAGAAUUACCAGGUGCAUAUGUCUCUGUUUUCGAAAAACGCUCAACACCUCAAUACGCCGUGUGGCUCAAAGUCCGGCGCAGAAGUCGCCAAAGCGACUUGGGGACAGCUGUGCCGGUGGUGCAAUCUGAAACUCGCCGACCUCCCUGGUCUCGGUCAUCCGACGUUGUACAUUCGAAUUAUCUCUAACGAGAAGACUCAAACCGUGCGAGGAGGCCAGCCGGUGACGACCAACGUAGACGGCCAUCCGGUGGUGUACGACAUCCGGAUGCCAGGAGAUCCACGUUCUGCCUCUGGAAUGCCAAAGUCGGUUUUCUGGAAUUUGGUCGAGCGACCUGGUUCCAACGAACUGGGUCCUGUCUGGCACCAAUCAAUUCCGAAGGCCGACGGAGGCUUGCGGAAAGAUUACAGCUACUUCGAUCCGAACCCUGGGGCGUGGGACCCGACGCUCUUCGGGCCGUCUUCAGGCACUUUUCCGCAGAACACCCGAGCUGGCAUUGAUAUUGUCACCAACCCCGAAGCCAUGGAAACUGGCGACGCCUAUGCGCCCCCAAUAAGGUUUGGUUUUGGGUUCAGGAACUGGAAUGACCGAGAUGCUGUGAAACCUCAGUUCAACAAUAUGGUCUCAGGCAUCGCCCCUCAGGAGCGAGACUUGUACAAAGUGUACAUUCAAAUCCCGAAAGGAGAUGGCAACUACUACCCCUGCAGCGGCGUGGAUAUCAAUCUGUUCAUGCAGCUGACCAAGGAACAGAUUGCCCGAGCCUGUGGCAUACAUCCAUCUCUGCUGGAGGCGCCCUUCGGUGUGUAUCUGCUGAAAGAGACACCCACAUACGCCCGGGCGCAGCCGAGCUUUCCGCUCUUCUUCGUAGAUGGCGAAGGUCAGGAACAUCCGUCAUUGGGGCACUGGACAGACGCGCCUGCAAAGUUCUUCAGUCCUCACCUGCGGGGUGCCUCGCCGAACUCCUUGAUUCAGCUCGAAUUUGCUCCGGGGGUUACCUGCAAUUUGACCCAGCAAGAACUCAUGUCUCUGCAUACUUGGGAGGCACUCCUGAAGAGAUGUAAUAUUGAUGCGGGCAAAGAGCGACCGGCAACAAUCACGACACGCAUUGUGCCCAUGUUCUCCACCCCAAACGUGACGGUCAAAGUUCCCAAUGAGCUGUUGCAGCCACUUCUUCGGCAGCAUAGAGGUAUCUCGCCUGACCAGUUGUUCAGGCAGAAACCCUUGGAGGAAGUCGUGGCACUUCUGCUGUCGAAUGCCCAUCUCGGACUCUACCACGUUGGUUUGAAGUACAUCGAUGGGACUGACCAACCGUACAGUGAAUGCCCAGAACAUCUGCGGCAGCUGCCUCCGAGCCAAAUUCCCGGUCUCCAGCAUAUCUAUAUUGUGCCGGCGAGCGAGGGCGAAGGAGAUUUCCCAGGGGUGUUCCGCGGAGGAACUCUGGGCGACAUGAUGAAAGGCAUGAACCUCAGCCCCCAAACCACAUAUGGCGACUUUGUGCGGACAGUGAAGAAGAAGAUCAACAGUCCUGAAGGUCUGACUAUUCCGGGAGUGCGGCAGCACGUUGGUGGCUCCGGUCGUCCAGCCCAACAGAUUAUUGACUUCGAUUUCGCUGGCCCGGAAUCGCCACCAGGAGCUGCCGGAAAACCAGGGUGGGAAGCCACGUGGCGGCCUGCUACAGUGGGAGCGUUCCCCGACAACAUGCCAAUUGGCGAUAUUGACAGGGAGAUGCACCACCCAUUUCUGGUCUUCACGACCGGCCACCCCCCCAAAUACGACCUGAAUGGUUUAGCGGCCUACGGCGGCCAGCCCUUCCGUGAGGAGACCACACAUCUAGAUGCAAGUCUUCGCAACCUCGUCGAGUGGAUGAAGGACUCUUUGGGCAUAUCUGACCCGAACGGAAUCCUAGCUGAAAUCGUAAUAGAUACGAUUCGAUGCCCGUUUCCUCUGAGUGCUGCACAACUCAUUUCGGCCACGAUUGGGCAUCUACUGCACCACUGCCAGGUCAAUGACUUGGAAAUGAGUCAUAGUAUCUACGUGACGCCGACCCCCGUUCCCGGCUACACUGCCACUCCAAAGCGCAACGGACCGCAAAUUGUUAUCAACGGCCAUAAUUACGGAGCUCCUGGCACAGCACCUCGAGACUUCGGGCAGCUGUUCAACCUCCCUGGCAGGCCUGGAGCUCGACCGCUCAAUCAGGACCUCGAGGUCUCGUUCAGUCCUCUUCCCGGAAAGCCACCGGUGCGCGGAGUCCUUCCGGGGGAUGUUCUCCCCUUGCUGCAAUCUAUUUCCGACAAACAUGGCCAGCCUGGCGUCGCUGUGGUGUUGAACUUCCUGCGACAACUGCAUGCGCUGGCGGAACUCCCGCCGGGUGCCACCCUCAACAUCGACACGAAACUCAUUCCGUCGCAAAGUCCUCAACAGCUAUACGCGCCAGACCAAGUUCCACAACCUGGCCCUUGGAUUGCUGGCCCGACUGGGGGCGGACGGUUUCCAGGCGGCGGUGUUGUGGUGAAUGAAUCUGGCGGGAGAAGGGGACCAGGUGGUUCCGCAGCUGUGAAGUUUAUGCCGUCGACCUUGCGACUUCCACUGCUUCGGCAGCCUUCCGUCGAGCUGCCUCGGAAUUCGAUGCUCAGAGGUUCCAUAGGAGGAGUUGGAGGCCUGCCGAGGACAGAGUUUGUCGUUCCGAUUUUGCCUUCUCAGAAGUCGAUGCCUAUUGAACAGGUUCUGAAAUUCUUCGGCAUCGCUCCGGCAGCUGUUCAGACCUUGGAUGUCCAAGAAAAGCCUGAGCAAGGCGCAAUUUUGAUUGAGUCCGGGACAGUGACUUUUGUGCCACUGAAGGGACCUACGUUCACCGUCUCGAUGAAGAAAAUAAACGCGACGGACAAAAACACUCUAGCAACGCUGCUCAAAGCGGCAGGUCGCUCGAUCAUUGAUCUAGUUGGGGCCUCUGACGGCACUCAACCUUUGGUUCUGAAAAUUGUUGUUGAUCACGGGGCGGUCAGUCCCACGAAGGUCACCACACCGGUUGGGACGCCUUCGCACGCAAGAUCUGCCAUGGAAGGAUUGACAAUCUGGAACCUCUUGCCUCCGCUGAUUGACGUCCAUUCUGUGAAGACAAUCACAAUCAGAGUCCAGGCUGCCAAGGCAUUCCAACAAGCUGCGAAGGCUGCUGCGGCCGCAGAAGGUACCGAAGGCGAUUCCGCUGGAGAGCCCCUGUCGCGCCCCAAAAACGUUGAGCCGGCAGUGAGAACCAAGUUCAAGAAUAAGAUCCCGGAACUCCCUGCCGCGUUCAAGCCCAGACAGAGAACUGUGUCCGAGAUAAAUGGCGCACCGAAUCCGAAACUGGUUAUUUUCGUGGAACAGGAUGGCCAGAAAACAAUCAGGUUCACUUUUCCAUCGCGCGUCAACGACGUUGUCAUCGGUCAGUCGACCGUUAGUGUGGUCUUAGACGCUUUGCUUCCAAACCCCGGCACCUGGCAUCGGACUUUCUGGGGAGCCCUAUCGCCAGAUGGCACAAGCUGCAAGCCAACAAUGGAGUUCCAGUACCCCCACUGGCUUCAGACAAAAAUGGCAGAACUUCCCGUUCCGAACCACUCUUCAUGCCUGUUGAUCCGCGAGGUUUCUCUCAAUAUCAAACAACGACCUAACUUCUUCAUCAAACCGUACAUCUUCCACAGCCCCCUGGUCAUUUUCGCACUACAAGGCAAGCAGCGGAUACCUAUUUUUGAGGAACAGGUCGACCCGGCAGUCACGAGUCAGCCUUUGACUGCCCUCCUUGAACAGCUGGGUAUCCCCAAAACCCAGCUCGAUACAAUCCUUCAGUGCAGUAGCACGAACAUAGACGCCCCCGGGGAGUGCCCAUCUGAUAGCUCUACGACAGUUGAUCCCGAAACCGUGAUUCCUGACGCGGUGGCAACACAGUCGGCGUUCUUGGUUGUGACGGGGAAGCAGAAACAGGCUCCAGGCAGCUUUCUUCAGGUUUUGUGGAGGCGACAGAGGAGGCGUAACUCCAUUCAGAAGCGAAUAACUUCGCACUAGUAAAUCUGAGGCCCUGUGAAUAUUUUGUGUCUCUGUGAUGCGAUAAGCCGAUCCGGGACUUCUGUUUUCCCACCAUAAGAGGAGUGCAACUAUGACGGCGUUGGUGUCGUCGCAUUGCCGGCAUCGUACCCAAUUUUUUUUACUAGACUGCUACUCUUGCCGCCCCGGUAUUUUGUCGGUAAAUCCUUUUUCUUGUAUAAACUUCCCCUUCGAUCGUCUGUUGUCAGAAAACCGUGUGCGUUGCCUCCCUGGUGCUGCGACGGGAGAGCAGUGUGCGGCACUGAAGAAGCUGACACAUGCAAUUCUUAUCGGUAAACAGAGAUAGGAAGCUGAUCAUGGCAAAUCCGACAGAGCUAGUGCAGCACAAUUUCCGGUUGGGUCGACGGCCGUGCUGGAGUUGCCCCAUUUAGCGCACCAAUGGACAUUUCGCGGCUUGCGUCCCGUAGUCCGUGUAUAUAGAGAAGCCCGUUGCCUUAAUGAGGAAGGAAAACACAAAAUGACACAGUUGAGGGAUUUUCUGUUUAAUUUAAAUGACACCUCUUCUAUCAGAGGUUGACGGCUAAUGCUUACAUACAGCCGCCAAGGGAAAUCAUAAGCUUUAUAUGGUUGCGCACUGUUGUUUUGCUGGGCGUUUGCUUGGCAAAAAUCACUGUCGAACGAGGAUAACUGGCACUUUGUGUAUUACAUGAAAGAUCACAUG